AUGACUUCUUCCUUUGCAGUCUCUGAACCAGUGAGCUUGAUUCUAGACUACAUUCCAUCCUUGGAAUCCACAGGCACAUUCCCCUGCGGAACUGGAAGGCCAAUGCAAAAUCUGUUCAGAGUGAACACUCCCGAAGGAUCAUACUUUUGCACAGUCAUGUGUACUUUCCUUCUGAGUUUUGGACAUAAUAAUACUGCUGAGCGACACUCAAGUCCAAAUCACAUGAACCCCACAGAACGUGACAGUCAUGUUUGCAAAAUUUGCCCUUCAGCUUUCCAACUCUCUCGUCAUUUUCUUGCUCCCACUUUGUCACCUGCUCAU